GAAAAUCAAGUAUCCAGCCUCCAUGACACCGGAGGAACCCAAACAGUUCACACAGAGCGUGUAUGAGGAUCCAUGCCUCAGCUGAGCUCUGGAGAUGUGUGGAGCUGCCUGGAGCGGAGCUGGGCACAGUGCAGGGGAAAACAGGAUGGAAAAGCGGAGGAGAGAGAGAUGUUGGAUAAUAUGAGUGUGAGAGAGACUGUGAAGGAGAAGACUGAGAGAGUGCAGAGAUGGAUGAGACUGCAUUGGCAAAUCAGGCCUCAGUGUUUGUUUCCUUUUGCUUUGGUGUUGUUGGUUUUUCUGGAGGAAUCUCCUCUGCACCCCUCUGUCUGUCUGACUGAAGCUGGAGCUCAACUGCUACUCGCUGCGCUGCUGUGUGCCGUCAUAUAUUUUUGUUUCUUAGCUUUCCAGUUCCUUCGCAGUAAUAAAGUAGAACUAAAACAGGUGCUCCAGCAGAAGGUUGAUGCGAUAGAGCAGAAAGUUCAAGGAAACCAGCAUACAAGUAUAACAGCACAGCAGGAUGCGGGUCAUCUUAUAACAAAGGUUAAUGUUCUAGCAGAUGGCAUAGUGGUCUGUCUCCUUCAUGAGCCCCUUCCAGACGCCAGCGAGUCCCACAUACGAGACCUCCUCAUCAGACUAGAGGCAGUGUCCCGGGCUCUCCAAAAAGCAUCCAACAAUGAUGAGGAACAGGAGUGUCCCCUAAAAGACAGAGUUAACCAUAUAAGCUCUUACCUGCAAGACAGGGUGAGGGAUCUGCGUUCUCUGCUGCAGGUCCAGCGUGAGAGUGAAUCGAGUGUGUGUGAAGUUCAGACUGGUUUGCAGAAACACUGGGCGCUUCUGGAGAACUUACACACCAGAGUUACCCUGAGACCCGACAGCAAACAGGACGUGAAUGACCUGCAUGCUGUCCUCACGGACACUGAGAAUCUAUUGACUGAGAUUGGACAAUUCAAAAGUAAAGUUCAGCAGUGCCGGAUGCAGCUGGAAACUAGUAUGCAGCUUUUACAGGGACUUCGCAGCAGUCAGCAGGGUCUGUCUGAGACUGUGACUACCACAGUUGAUUCUGCAUGGACCAAACAUUUAUUACAAUCCAACACUGAUCUGUUUUCGGAGAUCCAUGAGGAUUUUGCAUCUCUGGAACAGCAGACGUCCAAUUUUGUGAUUCACUUGAGGGGUUUGAAUGCAUCUGAAGAGAAGACAGGUUUGGCUCACUCACAAGCCUCUCAUCGAUUAUCUCUGCCUGCAGUCCCAGUUUACACUGCUGUAUCAGAACCAAAACAAACACACCAUGACCCAGAAACUGAUUCAGAAUCCACACAGAAAUCCCACUCCAAACUGUCUCCCUUCCAUCUCCUGUGUGGGGCGAAGAGAAGGAGGUCGUCACCGUUAGUUUGACAGAAGGAGGUCACUGAAGUUUUACAUAGAACUUUCAAGAAAGUACAGUGUGUGUGUUUCACCCCCACAUAUACUAAACAAUGUGAAUUAAAUGUAUACAAAUAUUUAAGUUAUGUACACAAAGUAUUUUUGAUAUGGCCUGUUGAGCAGGUGUAAUGAAUCAUGCGCUUAUAUGUAUAUUUUAUGAUUAAUAAAAUAAUACACUGAAA